UGCAAGCGACAUCAAGGGAACUUGUUCGUGUAAAUGAACGAAUGUGCAAAACUGUAUACAUUUGCUGAAUAUAAUAUUAUUAUUAAUAUUUAUAUUAUAUGGCAAAUUAAAAAGUAUUAUUAAAAUAUAUUUAUGUUGUAUAUAAUUUAUAAAGGACAAGAAUGGCAUGCGUGAACGCGACUUGCGCAAGCUUCCUGUCAAGUUCGGCGGGCAGCUCCUUUGCCAGUCUGAUGACACACCUGCUGGCCGCUCAGUGUGCCAUCACUGAAACCUGGCCCAAAGACACCUUCGAAAGGGUUAUAUAUGGCGAAUUUUUCGAUUUCAUUAUAGUAGGCUCUGGGACUGCCGGCUCAAUCAUGGCCAACAGACUUACUGAGAUCGACGAUUGGAAAGUCUUGCUCAUAGAAGCAGGAGACGAUCCUCCGAUAGAGAGUAUUAUUCCGAACUUUGCCUCGGUAACUCACAGAAGUCGUCACGCAUUUCAAUACUACACAGAACAAGACGAUACCAUCAACCAAGGAUGUGUUGAUCGUAGAUCGUUCUGGCCUCGAGGACGAGUCAUCGGAGGUUCGGGAAGUAUUAAUGGGCUUAUACACAUUAAAGGAAGCGCCGGAGAUUACGAACCUUGGCAUUUACAAGAAGACGAUGGAUGGGAUUGGCCCACAAUACAAAAAUAUUUCAAGAAAAGUGAAAAAAUUGUCGAUCCCUCCAUCUUGAAUAAUCCUCAACUUCGUGAUAAUUACGGUGUUGAAGGUAACUUUGUUAUUGACCAAUUAAACUAUACGUACACUCAUAUUGCAAAUAAGUUAACUCAAGGAUACCUGGAUAUGGGUUUGAAAUAUUUGGAAGAUCUUAACGGCCCUACACAAAUGGGUGUGGGUAAAAUAAGAGGAGGUAAUCAUAAAGGAAAACGUGUUAGUGCUGGAACUGCUUUCCUAAGUCCAGCUAGAGAACGGAAAAAUCUUUACGUUUUAAAAAAGACUAUAGUGACCAAAGUAAUGAUAGAUGACAGUAAACGAGCUGAAGGUGUAAGUGUCAUACUGUCUAACGGCGAUGCAACUACAUUCUAUGCUAGAAAAGAAGUUAUAUUAAGCGCUGGUUCAAUAAAUACCCCCAUUCUUCUAAUGUUGUCUGGUAUCGGCCCAAAAUCACAUCUUAAAGAAUUAAAAAUCAAAGUGAACGCAGAUCUACCGGUUGGCGAGAACUUGCAAGAUCAUGUAAGGAUUCCAGUUUUAGUUACAUUUAAUACAAAUGCUACUGAGGAGGAUGAAGCUUAUUGGCACAAAGCUACUGCUCAAUAUCUAAUCGACCAAACUGGACCGCAUGCGACAAAUUACGAUCAACCCAACCUCAAUGCAUUUCUCUCUGUUGACGAAAACAAAAAAUUACCAGAUGUGCAAAUAGACCACAACUAUUUUGUACCUAACUCAUCAUACAUUUUUUCCAUGUGUAAAAAAGCAUUAUCUUAUAAUGAUGAAAUUUGUAAACAGUUUUUAGAAUUCAACAAGCAACAUGAAAUUCUACUAUUUUAUAUUUCCUUAUGUCGCCCAUAUUCUAAGGGUAAAAUAUUAUUGCGAUCGAUUAAUGCUGUCGAUUUCCCAAAAAUCUAUGCAAAAUAUUUUAGUGACGAUAGAGAUAUGAAGUUAUUUGUAAAAAGUAUUAAAAAAGUAAUGAAAAUUGUUGAUACGCCAACAUUUAAGGGGAUCAAUGCAAAAAUACCAAGAAUUCAAUUUAAAAGUUGUGAUGAUUACGAAAUGGAAAGCGAUGAGUACUGGGAAUGCAUGGCCAGAACUAUUACUUUUAAUGUUUAUCAUCCUGUAGGAACAGCGAAGAUGGGUAAACCUAGUGAUUCUACAACAGUAGUUGAUAAUAAAUUAAAAGUAAAAGGUAUAAAUAACUUAAGAAUCGUCGACGCUAGUAUCAUGCCGACAAUACCAAGUGUUAAUACAAAUGCUGCGACCAUGAUGAUAGCUGAACAUGCAUCGGACUUUGUUAAGGAUGAAUAUAUGAUUAAUUCUGCAAAAACUAUAACCGAAUUAUAAUUAUUUUUGUAUUUAUUACUUUUCUCUACAAAUGCGCAUACAAUAAGUAGUUUUGCAAAUAAACCUUCUUUCAAUAUCAAUCUUUCAAUUUUCAAAUGACAUUAUAAUAAAUUGACAAUCCGUAAAAUCAAAAAUGCUAUGUUUACAAAGGCAAUUUCUAUCUGUGUUGUAAUUUUGAUCACUUAUUUAAUUUCAAUACUGCAUGCAAUUACUAUAUUAGACAAAGGUGUUAAGCCUUUGGUAAAGAAAUCUGUGGGUAUUCAGUUCUACGUUGAUGUGGAAAACCAAAAGGACAGUGCGUGUAAAGUAAUUACAAAAACGAAAACUUGUAUACUGGACAAAAUUAAAAGAGACUGUAAUAUUUUUGAAACGAGCAGUGCCCAACUGUACACAGUGGAACCGAAAGAGAACAUGACCUUAAUAUCUGUGCUACCGACCUUAUUUCAACACGACUUAAUCGGUUAUAUUGAUUGCAGUUUAGAGUAUCAAUGCGAUAGAACAAAAAAUAAAACUAAGUUUCGUGAACCAUUUAACACUAAAGUAUACGACCAAGAAGUACCAUCGUAUUUAUUAAAGGAUUAUAUAGAAAAUGAAACUGUCAAAGAAUGUUCGGAGAUCGAUGAAAAUUCAUUAAAUGAAUGUAAUCCAGCAGAUUGUGAUCAAAAAUAUUUAGGAAUGAGAUCAUUUUACAGCGACAUGUUUAAAAAAUGUAUGCCAGUGACUACGUGCGGCGGAGACCCCAGCAAAGAGUUGCCCGAGGCGGCGCUGCUGGUGGUGAGCAACACCUGCAGAGAUCUAGAGUCACCGCUGACGCUGCAAGACAUCUACGCUAUCAGCACCGGUCUGGGCACCACCAUUGUUACCACCUCAGAAACUCCCAAACGAUUUAAAAUUGAAGUUACAUCUAAUUUGUCUACGAUAUCACAAAAUUUAAAAUUCUUACGAGAUCUUGCUCUUGGUAAAUUAUACAGUUUAGAUGAAUCAGUCGAUGUUACCGCUUUCUGCAAAAUAGCCUUUGUAUCCAUAGCUAUAAGCGUCACUCUGGUAUGUUGUGGAAUUAUAUGUUUGUCUCUUUGUCUCAAUACGAUUAUUUGUAUAUGUAAUGAAGAGAAUACUAAGAAACGGAGAUAUUGGCCGAAAAUAAAAAAUGCAUUUAACCUUUUCGAUAUUCGACAAAAAAGUAAAUCAUUUGAUGACAUAAAAGAAAACAGAAAUUCUUUAUUACGUGAAGUUAUGGUAAGAGAUAUACCUAUUGAAUUGAGAAAUAAUGUUAUUGAUUUAUGCAAACGAAUAGAUGAUGAAAUAAAAGAGAAAAAACGGUACAGGGCGACCGACGCGCGGAGCCAGCUCAGCUUGGAGGUCGACAACGAUUGCCGAACCUCCUCACCCACCAACACCAGCACUUCUAUUGAAGCAAAUGACAACAAAAAUAGAUUGCCUAAAUAAAAUUUUUUUUUU